AUGGAAGGCAUUUUGCGUCGUCUUCAGACAGUUGUUGACGUAAGCGAGGAUGAUGACACUGUAGUGGAAAAUGCGGAAGCGGAGCUGUGCGACAUGCCAACUGAUGUUGGCGAACUUCAGCGUCGUCUGCUUCAGGCGUUGCGACGGGUGAAGAUGUCCUCCGAGAAGUGGGAUGAGCUCCGCAGCGAGAGCUGCGGGAUUGAGGCGGAACUGGCCGCGUUGCGCCAGAAGUUCAAGACUUCGCGGGAGACGUGGCUGCUAGUGCACCAGUUUAACCAGGCUUCAAUUGAUGCGCUGCUUGAGGAGCGAUUCAACGCAGGAAAUAAUGGGCUUGUGGCGGCAGCAGACUGCGAGGUGGCCACCAGCACUGACAGGAAAUACCACAACACCCACGAUAGGACAUAUGUGAGUUCCCUCCAGGAACAGAAUCAGACGCUGAAGGAGCUUCUCCAAAGAUACAGCGAUGAGCGUGACAAAUACAAACUUGAGGCGCAAAACUUGCGGAAUUCGGCCAAUCCUGAAAAUAAAACCACUGAGGAUGUGGUGAAGGACGCACUCGUGUCAAACGACGAGGAGUUGGCGCAGAGUGAGCGCCGUAAUAUGGAGAUGCAGAUUGAACAGCUCGAAGUUGCUCUAUCGAGGCAGUCGGAAGCAAUGCUAGAAAUGACGCUGCAGGACCGCGCGAACAAUGACGCGUGGGAAGACAAAAAGAGCACUGCUGAUUCACAGUUGCAGCACAUUCAGCAGCUGGAACGAGAGUUGGCCGCUUGGCGUAGCAGUGCGGGUGGAACUGCUGCCACAUCAAUACCGCCACCACCACCACCAGCAGCAGCAUCGCCAAUUGGCGGGGAUUUCACCCCGGAGUAUUUUGGGGAGAAAUCGGCGACGACUAUAUGUGAAUCCACCUCGCCCCUCAUGGCGAAAAAGGGCGACGGGUUGGAAGUGAAUGAUGCGAACUUUGGUGGGAUGCUCAACAUCACCGAGGACCUGGCAAAAAAGUUGGAAGAAACAGAAGCUGAGAAUAACGCGCGAGAAGAAGCACUGAAUGCAUUGUAUCAGGAUCUGCAUGAGUUGCGUGAGAGAAACGGAGAUCUAGAGCGGCAACUGACAGAUGUAGAGGAGCAGCUGCAACACACACGUCAGGAGUUAGUUGUGACGCAGGAUCAGUGUCGUACGGAACAGGAGCGGAACGAGCAACUGCAUGAAUUGCUUCACCAGGCCGAGCAGCAGCGGCAAAAAUUGGGAAAGGAGCUUGCAGGCGCCAACGAAGAGCGUAGGAGGCUGCGCUUGAUAAUGGGGAGCACCGCUUCACCUGCGGAGAUGGUGCCUCCUCCCACAGCUGUGGCUAUGAAGACCAACGUGGCCGACCACGCCACACUAUUAGGCAACAGCGGUGCAUAUUCAGGCAAGCCGCACUUCAUCGCAAGCGCAGGCCGUAAACUGCAGGACUUGAGGAACGCUGCGUGGAGCAGUCCACACUCUGGCGCCUCGAUGGAGCACACCACAGCGACGUUCUUCAACCUGGUGCGUGCGAUGGGACGACGACGAAUUAUUCUGGGCGUUUUGGUGGCUGUAGUGGUUAUCGUAACGCUGGUGGGUCAAGCCGGCCUCGGGGCGGCCGACACGGAGGUCAUUGUGACAAAGAUACAGUCUGAUCUCAUUGCGUGCCAAGCGCAACUGAAGGCUGCGGGGGGCGGACGAAAGACAAAUUGA